AUGGUACAAUUAAGAAGAUAUCCUUUUGAGCUUAAUUUCACUCUCAAUGUAUCCAAAGAACCUCUAGGGAAUAAAAAUACUAAAAUUAGUGCAUACAUAUCAGGGUCGAAAGAUCCAUGGAUUGGAAUUCGAAGCACAGUAAAUCCAAUAAUACCAAGGAACAAACCUCAUUCCACCAAAGGAACACUAAAAUUCAGAAAAGUCAACCUUAGACAUAAUUCUCAAAGUUUUUUCCUCUGGGAAAUCAUGCCAUCGAACAAACGAGUCCUGAAUCGUCUUAAGCAUAUUGUUUUUAGAACCAUUCAAGAAGCUGAAACAGGUCUGUCCUUCCAGAAUACGGGGGUAUUACCUAGCAAUUUGACGAUCUUGAGAGUACAACCUAGCAAGAAUAUUCAAAAAGUAGAAUACGACAAUUCAGUCGAAUCUAUACCUACUUUGAAGAUCAUAGGUGUGCUCUUAGAACAUCCACAUCAUUACCCUCCCCAUCGACAUCGCCGCCACCAUCAUAAACGUUCUAGUUUAAUAUCCCGACAAAGCUCUUGGCACAGAGGACAGCAUUAUUAUGAUCAGAGACGUUCGAGGAAUAGAAAUGAACCUGCUCGAGAUUACCCACUCCCGAGAAAGAGAACGGAUGGUGCCAUGAUCGAUCCGAGGAUUAACGAGUACAUAGGACCAUCUGCGCGUUUUCACCAGGAUGGAUUGCCGAGAGUUUCAGUACCUUAUUCAUCAGCAGUAGCUCAGCCGUUGAAUUUACCAGCUGGAGCUCUUCCAGUUGAAAGUAAUGCGAUAAAAACUGCAAAUCGUCCACAAGCGAUUGCCGUACCUCAAUACUCCCAAGUCAUUCCAGCAGUGACAAAUGGCCAACCUCUUCCACCACAGGCUGUCGGAUUGGCUCCAAGGCCAAUAUCCAGCCUUUCAUCUGGCAGACGUCUAUCUCUAUCUCAAACCCCAAGCCACAAGCACUAUCGUACAGAUAUCAGCCCUAGAGCCCAUCAGAGCACCUCGAUUGAUUCUGGUCCUUCUAAUCCGCAUCAUAAUCCUCAGAACUCCGAACCUGAAGCAAGUCAUUACAAGAAUAGAGAUUCUCAAAAGGUUAAUAACAAUUCUAAUCACGAAAAUCAUCAUGGAGUACGAGAAACAUUAUCUCAUAUCAAAGACAAGUUGAUGCAUCCCGUUCCACCAACAUCAUCGGCUGGCCCAAUUGCAUGA